AUGGGGUCUGCGGCGGAGGUGCCUAUUGUGAUCAGUUCCGACGAGGAGGACGACGCGCAGACGCCAGUCGCUGGCAAGCGCAAGUCACCAGACGCCGCCGCCCUUGCGUGGGCGGAGGCAAUACUGGACCAAGAAGACUCCGAUGACGCGGUUUUGGAGAGAGUGGGUUAUCCGGCGACGAUGCUGGAGAUCUUGGAUUCCCUGAAGGCUGAAACGGGGAUUGUUGUUGGCGACGUGGGUGUGGUUGCUGCCAAGAACACGAGCACCGUGCCUGUUGCUCGUGGCAGCGACGACGACGAUGAUUGUGUCAUUCUUGACGGUGACCCUGAUAAGCCGGUUGCCGUUGCCAAGGAGGGGGGACCCUCGCGUGAUGCCGCUGAGGAUGAACUGCAGAUAGUUGCGGAGAAAGGAGAGGAUAUGGCAUGGGCCACCGAAACCCAGCCCGUUCAAAAAAUACCUGGCCUGAGCCGACCAGGAUAA